CAAAUAUAAAAAAUUUAACUCAAUAUAACAUAUCUCUCUCUCUGUCUGUCUGUCUGUCUGUCUGUCUUUUUCUCCUGCUAGCUUCCCCCGCUCCACAGGCUGUCAAGCCUGAAUUAUUAACAGCAUGUUUAUGAUUUUUUAAGUGACGGGUUUGCUUUGUGCUUUCUCCAGGUAAAGUGGGAGAUUUGCUGGUGUAAAGGAGUUUUUUUUUCAACUUCACCAUAGCUGCACUGCUUAUGGGUGAAAGCAGUGGCAUGAGGGAGGAAGAAGCCCAAUGAGCCUCGUGGGAGAGAAUCGGAACCAGGCCAGUUUAUAUCACAGGCAUGGGAACUAAAAUUGAAUACGCAGUCAAUAUCUUAGAAGCCUCACUAAACAACAACAGCUUUACUGUGCAUUGUGUGGAUGAUUGGGAGCACUUGCAGAAUAAAGGGCUGAAGGGAAACUUCUUUAGGACUGAAGUUGACAACUUUGAGGACUCCAUGGACAAGAAGCUUGGAAAGCACAACAUAGAACACAUCAAAAGGACAAUGCAAACGCAUGAAGAUGUCUUCAAAUACCAGGUACGGGAACUCCACAGGCUCUACAGUCUGCAAAAGAUGCAAAUGGAUGAGCUGAAAAAAGAACUGAAGCAAAACAGAUGUUGGAGUACUUCCAUGAGUAACAACUCAGAUAUAAACCACUCUCACUUCAUUAAUCCCCACCAUCCAACAACACAAACGGCUUGUGGAUUUAGUUUCAAUCUUCAAAGAUUGAGAGAAGAUCCAAGCUCAAGGGAGAGAAGUGGCAGUUGCUCUGGAGACACCAUGAGAAUGGCAAGGGGUUUUGAUCUUGAAAGGCCUGCUGAGGAAGACAUCUCAACAGGAGUCAGUGCCGCCAUCGAUGAAGACCAAGCUGCAGGGCCAAACUUCCACAAUAUGCCACCCAGUACUCAUAAGUUGAGCAUUGAUGGUUCUGAUGAAGAUAGUGAUGUGGAGCUGACAUUAAGCAUUGGUGGUAGAUUGAGCAAGAAGGCACUGCAAUCCUACCAGCCCAAACUAGGAAUCUGUGAGUCAUCCCAUAUGGGAAUUAGGGAGCUUGAUUCAUUGGCCUCUUUUAAAUCAGAUCGAGGAGAGGAUUUCAGUGACCCCACGACCCCCAUGAGUAGCUCUAGUGCCACAUUUGAUCAGGAAACAAACCGGCCACAUUGGCUUUUCCAAGGUUUAAAGCUAGAAUAAGACUUUGAGCCUGUUUGAAAUUGCGUUAAAAAGUGAUUUUAGCAUAUAAAAGUUGUACCAAUCAAAGAUGGGUCGGUUUAGUAAAAAACUUAAAGUCACUUUCUUGUUCUUAAAAAAAAUGCCCAAAAUUGUGUUUUAAGGAAAGCUUCAAAAUGAAGCAUUUCUAUAAACAAAAGUACUAUUUACCGACACAAUUCUAAACAGGCUUUUGGAUUAGAGCUGUUUGUGUUUAUCCUUUUGACUCUACAAGGACCACUGGAUUUACACGGUCCAUGCAUUCAGCUGAUUCCCGAAUAGUUGUCACCUUACUUAAAUAAAAGGGAUAAUUUCAUAAUUAGCACACCCAUUUCUGGUUUGGUAAAUUGUUGUAAAUAGAUAGGUCAUUUACGAGGCUUUCCCCCUUACUUCUGCAGAACUUUGGGAAGUGUGCGUGUUUUGGUUUUGAUGACCAAAUUAAAACAGCAAUUGUCUGAA